UACGUGUUCUUGAUUUUCGAGUACGAAGUGAGUGUACGUGCAUUGGUACAGUCGUGUUUUGUCGAGGAUGAAAAACUGUUUCUAUAUAUCUCGAGUCCACUCUCACCAGAUAAACUGGUUCAAAUUCGUCCGUGGCGUUUAGCCGAUGCAGAUUACGUGGUGGAUCCAAAUAUUUCAAUUUGGGCGCAUCGCGCCGUGUUUGUUGGAGGUGUACCACGUCCCAUUAAAGCUGUGGAACUCGCCCAUAUAAUGGAUCGUCUCUAUGGAUGUGUAGCAUGCGCUGGAAUUGACACGGAUGUCGAAUAUAAGUAUCCAAAAGGUCACUUAAAAUGUGCGGGUCGUGUGGUGUUCACGAAUCGAAAUUCUUAUAUGAAAGCGAUUGCUGAUCGAUACGUUCAAUUAAGUCAUGGAGAAGUGGAGAAAACAGUUGAAAUUAAACCGUACGUUCUGGACGAUCAACCGUGCGAUGAAUGUGGUGGUGAGCGCUGUGGCCAUCGACCAGCGCCCUUCUUCUGUCCACAUCUAUCGUGUCUUCAGUACUAUUGUGAAAAGUGCUGGGAAUCAAUUCAUGCUAGUCGUGCACGAGAGGAUCAUAAACCACUGGUUAAAGAGGCUUGA